AAUGGAGGUGGCCAAAAUUGUCAUUUCCUUCCUUGUGAGUAAAAGUGAUAGCGAGUACCCCAUUUUGCAGGUAGGUCUGAGGGUUUUAAGGGUUCGGCCCAUAUAUAUACACACCAGUUUCUUACUCAGUGUUUGUGGCUGAGCCUUUCGGAGACGGAGAACCAGUGAGAGACUCUUACAAAGAUUUCACGAUGGCGCCGAAGCAGAGGACCCCAAAGGUGACCAGGAACCCAGAUCUGAUUAGAGGGAUUGGGAAAUACUCGAGGUCGAAGAUGUACCACAAGCGAGGGCUUUGGGCUAUCAAGGCCAAAAACGGCGGCGCUUUCCCUCGCCACGACAAGAAGCCCGCGGCUGACGUCCCUGCUGUGAAGCCGCCUAAGUUUUACCCCGCCGAUGAUGUCAAGACGCCACUGGUCAACAAGCGCAAGCCCAAACCCACAAAGCUCAGAGAUAGCAUUACUCCUGGUACUGUGUUGAUCCUUCUUGCUGGGAGGUUCAAGGGGAAGAGGGUUGUGUUUCUGAAGCAGCUCUCAUCUGGCUUGCUUUUGGUCACUGGACCAUUCAAGAUUAACGGUGUUCCUCUUAGACGUGUGAACCAAGCUUACGUGAUUGGAACUUCAACCAAGGUUGACAUCUCUGGGGUUAACGUGGAUAAGUUUGAUGACAAGUAUUUUUCAAAGGAAGUCCAGAAGAAGAAAAAGAAGGGUGAAGGCGAGUUCUUUGAAGCAGAGAAAGAGGAGAAAACUGUACUUCCACAGGGGAAAAAAGAUGACCAGAAGGCUGUUGAUACACCAUUGAUUAAAUCCAUCGAGGGAGUUUCAGAUUUGAAGACUUAUUUGGCUGCAAGGUUUUCUCUCAAGCAAGGCAUGAAGCCUCACGAGCUUGUUUUUUAGAUUGAAGAAACUGAAAAGUGUUAGAUUUUGCUUUUCUAUCUAAAAUUGUUCCAUUUUUGUUUGAACUUGAUCUUAGUGGUUGUACUCUUUAAGUUUAAUUUGUAAUUGACAUCUCAUCGGAUGUUACUUUAGAUCAUGCAUUGUGCGAAUGUUUUUUUCCUUUUCUAUUUUAUUAAAGGAGGUUUGAACCUAGGA